UUACCCUACACGCCAAUCCCCCCCCCGCGUCUUUAUAGCCUCAUCUUGUGCUUGGGAGUGUCAAUCAGACCAGACCAUGACUAUCUAGCUCCGACAUCUUGCUUGCAUCCCAUCUCUGUUCUUCACCAGCAGAGGUCCUGACCAUCCAUAGCGGCAUCUUAUCUAUUUAGACCGACACAUCCUAUAAAUCCUUCUUUCGAAGAGGUCUUGCGAUUGUUUAUUAUCCAAUUCCAUUGUCGGCGCCUAUUGUUUUGGUAGCCGCGUCAAUACAGUCAAGAUGUCUACACGCAGCGGCGAUUAUGGGCAGGUGAUUGAGUAUAUUCAAGACCGUCUCUACCUGGCCUCUUACGAUUAUCCCCCCGAUGCGAGAACGCCUUUUCCCUACCCUGAACAACCCAAGUCUCCCAGCAAGCGAUCUGCCAGAGCUCAGCCCAGUACUCCCAGCAGCAAGAAACGCAGCCCCGUAUACUUUACUGUCGACGAUGUUCUCCUAUACAACUCCUUCCACGCCGACUUCGGUCCUCUGCAUAUCGGACAUCUGUAUCGCUUCGCAGUACACUUCCACGAGAUCCUGGGAGAUCCCGCGAACACUGAUCGCGCCGUGGUUUUCUACUCCAAGACGGACUCGCGCAGCCGUGCCAAUGCAGCCUGCCUAGUCGCUUGCUAUAUGGUCCUCAUCCAAUCUUGGCCUCCACACUUGGCCCUGGCUCCCAUCGCACAGGCAGAUCCGCCAUACAUGCCAUUCCGCGAUGCUGGAUACAGUCAGGCGGAUUACAUCCUCAACAUCCAGGACGUUGUAUACGGAGUGUGGAAGGCCAAGGAGCAGUCGCUCUGUGGCUUGAGAGAUUUCAGCCUAGAAGAGUAUGAGAAGUACGAGCGUGUUGACAUGGGUGACUUCAACUGGAUCACUCCACAGUUCCUGGCCUUCGCUUCCCCGCAACACCAACCCAUUGAUGUCAUUCCUCGUGACACUCCUGAAUAUGCUGCGCUGCCUUCUACCAUUGCGGAAGUCCAGGCCUCGAAACUCCCCACGCCCUUUAAGAAUGUUUUGACCCACUUCUCCUCCCGUAGCGUGGGCCUUGUUGUGCGACUGAAUUCCGAGUUGUACUCGCCAUCAUACUUCACUGCAUUGGGAAUCAAUCAUGUCGACAUGAUCUUUGAGGACGGUACUUGCCCGCCUUUGCCUUUGGUACGCCGAUUCAUCAAGAUGGCGCACGAAAUGAUCACGCAGAAGAAGAAGGGCAUUGCGGUCCACUGUAAGGCAGGCCUUGGCCGCACUGGAUGUCUCAUUGGGGCCUAUCUCAUCUACAGAUAUGGCUUUACUGCCAAUGAGAUUAUUGCUUUCAUGAGAUUCAUGCGCCCUGGAAUGGUCGUUGGACCCCAGCAACACUGGCUGCACCUCAACCAAGGCUCGUUCCGCGAGUGGUGGUUCGAGGACAGCAUGAAGGAGAAGCUCGCUCAACUGCAGUCGGCGCCUAUCACGCCUGGCCGGCCGACUACCCGCCAGCGGGCUAACGGGCCUGUCGCGACUCCACCUAACAAUGGCCAUUCUAAGCGUGCCGCUCUCGGGGAGAUUGACCACAAUGAGGGGGCUGGCACUCAAGCCGAAGAGAACCUACCAGCACCCACACCCGGCCAGCCUCGCAAGUCCCACCGCAAAGACUCUCGUCACCACCCCUACUCUCGCACCACUUCUGGUAGUCUGAUCCUGGAAAAGGAGACGAACAAGACAUCCAAUCGCCUCAGUACCGACAGCAGCGAGAGUGAAGAAGAAAUCCAGUUGCGUAUGCUAGCCAAGCGUUCCUCAAGAUCCCCCGUGGCAUCUCCCAACCAGCGGUCUGUCAGCUACUCAGCUACUGUGACCGCCAGUUAUACUCUCAACGAUGAUGAUCGGGAGAACUGGGGUGAUUCAGCUACAUAUGCACCCAAGACACCAAUAAGCAGCAAGAGCGGCAGCGGGGCGAUCUCUGUCACCAAGGUUCGCACGAGCCCAAGACGUGUGACGGAUAGCCGCGCAGAAAAGGGCGUUCGCAAGGCUAGUGGACGUGUUGGCAGCGCUGGAAGUCCUACUCGAGUGAAGUGAGAGCGCGAUUGAUCGCUGCCCCUUUCAUCAUCUUUGCUUUCCUUCCUUUGCUUUCAGAUAUCCACUUCGUAUUGUUUAUUCUCUUCUUCUCCGCGGGCCAUAAUCUGUGCAUAGACCAAAUUUUCUUGUUUUAUCAUCGGCUUGCAUAUCUGCAUUGUCUAUUCCUCUUGAGGGAGUAGUGUCUUCGAGGUUUCUACUGGUGUUGGUGUCUGGUGCGGUUCUCAUGGGUCUGGGCAGGAGCUUCCAAGGCGUUCGGUGCGUUGUGGACUAUGGGAUGAUCUAGAAUUUUGACUCAAUACAAUAAGUCUAGU